GCUGGGUCUUUUUUGCCACCGUUAAGAAUCGUCGGAAAUGUGGCGAUCGGCCACAAUUUGUCUUCUUAUACGCGGUUAUGUUUUAAUCGCAGCUUCACCAAGCAAUGACAUUGACAUCAAGAACGGUAACGGGAAAGAACGAAAAGAGAAAGAAGUUGUUCGUCAGAAAAGGGCGUUUGGUAAAGUUGAACCACCUUGUAACUUGACCCAUGGCGUGUACUUGGAAAGAUGGGACAGGAUAGAUUAUAAGCGCAUUAAAUUUCUGUUGGCGGAUCCACGAUAUCCAAACCUGCCAAGUUUUGCAACAUGUGUUCCAACGUUUGAGCAGCCAGCAAACUGGGGGGACUUCUUUGGUUCGCGGCUAAGGACUUACUUUGUCCCUCUUCAGACUGGAAACCAUUAUUUUUACAUCUCUUCUAAUGCAGGAAGCGAGCUUUACAUAAGCACAAAUGACAACCCAAAAACGAAGACAAUGAUUACUGGAGUAGAUGGAGGAUUUCCUACAAACCACUACGAAUAUGACAGGUUUACAAACCAGAAGUCACUCCCAGUUUACCUGAAAAAAGGCGUGUUCUACUACAUGGAGGCAAUCAUGAAAGAUGACCAUCAAUGGGACCACUUAGAGGUUGCUUUAGAGACACCAGAUAGCAAGUUUUAUAAGGUGAUUCCCUCUCAGUUCUUAUGGACGAUAAAUCGCGCCUCUUCGGCCUAUAACUCCACGUAUCAAGCAAUUUUGAUCAAAGCAGCGGCAAUAGCCGGCGCUAAGGCUGGUUCGUCAUUUGGAGCAAAGUGGGCUAUGAAGAGUGGAGCAAAAGCUGGAGCAAAGGCUGGUGCAAUGGCAGGACUGAGGGCUGGAGCAUCAGCAGGAGCUAGUGCAGGGGAAAAAGCUGCUGCUAACACGAUGACAAGGACUUUGGAAGACGCAAUGAAUGCUCUCCACGGAGAUAACGUUCACAAGUUUAAGAUCACUCUCAAAAAUGGCAGCGAAGUCGAAAUCACUGGUCCUGGAAUAGUAGGGGCUGGCGGAGGGGGUGGAGCCGGUGCUGCCGGAGCUGCAGCGGUCGGGGCAGCAGCGGCCGGAGGUGGAGCAGGGGGGGCUGGAACUGCUGGUGCUACCGCGACAGCUGGAGCUGCUGGAACGGCUGGAACAGCUGGAUCAGCUGGAACUGCUGGUACGGCCGGAACUGGAGGUGGAGCAGGCGGAGGAGCAGGAGGGAGUAGUGGAGGAAUCAUUGGCACCGGAUCAAGUGGGGCUACGGGUAUAGGGGGAGGCAACGCGGUGGCAGGGGGAACAGGUACUGGCAUAGGUGGUGGUGCCAGUGCUGGCGGAAGUGUGUCUACAGGAGGAGGAGUUGCAAUAGGUGGAUCAUCCACGGGGAUGGCUACUGGAGGCUCUAGCGCCACAGGAAUAGCUAGCGGGGGGGCCAUUGGUGGGGCUUCGGCACAAUCCUCUUACUCUUCACAGCGUAAGGUCACGUAUAUUCCAAAACCGGGAGAGGAUCCACAGACUAUUGCACGAGAAUUGGUUUGGAGGGUUGGAGGCGCAAGCAAGCUUGUGAACCAAGGACUUUACACUAUCCAUUCAUAUGACAUUCCAUAUGCCCAAGAGAAUAGUACACUUAACUUCUGCUGGCGUUCAAAAAACAGUGAUGUUGCAUUGAGCCACUUCUGCCAAGUUUUCAAAGCUCACAUUCCAGGCCUUUACGAGAAUGUUAAGGACCGGGAAGGCACCGUUUCAUUUGAGUCACUCUGUUUACCAGGACACUACAUUAAGCAGAGAAAUUACCACUUCAUUCUUCACCAAAGGGACGGAUCGAAACUUUUUGAUAAAGAGGGUACAUUUAGAGCAUUCUCUGUGAUGAGGUAUACUCGGAAUUUGAUGCUGCAAUCUAUGCAUAGGGAUUGGUAUAUUUGCGAAAAAAAGGCGAAGUCGAUCCACUUAGCAUCCGAAUUAAAGUUGGACUUUUACAAUGGUGACCCUGAUGUCCUCAUUCGCUGCACGUUCGUCUUUCAUCCCAUUGCUCAAAACGAAAAUAAAUACAGAAUGUGUCAAAGGGUAGAAGGACCUGUAGUACAUCCAGAAAUAAGUGGACAGCCACUUCCGCAUCCUCCUCACUUAGUUUCAAAUGCACCACCAUCCUCUUCUUUGCCCUCGUGUAUUCCCGUAUGUCCGGCAGGGCAAGCGGGUGGAGCCUCAGCUGGACCUGGGAAUUUUGGACCAUCCAUUCCAAGCCCUCCAACGUCCCCUGGGAGUCCUUCUGUCGCGACUGCUAAGAGGGCGUGUGUCGCAGUGAACUUCAUAAACAAUUUUGGAUCUGAAUUCAAAAUUGUAUCGUCUCUCAAACAUGAGGCAUACCUUGUUACUGGAUCUGGCUUUAAACUCAAGCUUAUGAUAGACCGACCCGAACUUCACAGUCACGUGACUUUCAAUGCUGAAGAUCCCAAAUGGAACCGGGAAUUGCUAUUGAACAGUAAACCAAACAUAUCAGAAGCAGUGGUCGAAGGAUGCCCUGAUUUUGUGGAUGUCAUAGUGACAUCAAAGCAAGGCGUCCCAACAAACGGGACUGGUAGUCAUGCUGCUCCUCCGUCACCUCCUUUAACACCCUCUUCACCAGCUUCAAUAUCCCCUCCACCCUCUCCCUCUACCCUUCCACCAGCUCCAUCUCCGGCCCCGCCCCCAUACAAUUAUCCAAAGCCUCCUGUUUCUCCAGCUACGGCACCUUCCCCAGCCUCCCCGCCAGCAUCGCCACCUUCAUCACAAGGGAUUACACCUUCCUCGCCUCCAAUACCAAAUGGAGAACAGGAACCAAAAGCACUCCACUAUCACUACCACUAUCAUGGUCAGAAAGCCCCGGCAAUUCCAUCAGCAGUUUGUCCCAACAUGUGCUCGCAGUCUGAAGAAUGCCUUCCCACUUGUCCAUCACACUGCUGCAAGCGAGACCUCGAUGAGGAAAUAUCAGACGACAAUGAUGAGGAAGAUAUAACGUUGUUUUGAAAACCGCCAUUCUUUUCCCUCUUUGCGAUUAGCAUGUUUCUGUCGAUCCUUAUAUUGAGGCAAAAAAAAGGUAUUAACGUUUGUUUUGUUUGGCUUACCUUUCCCGGAUGAGAUGCCUAGAAACACCCCCGACCUAAAGAAAAUAUAUAAAAUGGCUUUCGAGGCAAUUUUAAGCGACCCCUGCAUCGAUUGCACGAGAAAAAAGCAUGUUAAGACAUGCAUUGUGUCCAAAAUAAUUGAUCAUGUAUCUACCUCCAUUUUGUUCGAUUUCUUGCCAUGAAAAUUGUCGAAGACUUUAAAACUUACAAAUAAACUGUU